GGGGGAGGGCGGGGAAUGGCCGGGCAGCGGGUUUGUGUGACGCGUGGACCCGGGAUUGUCUCCGCCGUUUAAAGUAUGGUGAUUGCAGGACAUGGAAUCCAAACGUGUAACAGCUAGAGACUUAUGCGAGUAUGAUGAUCUUGCUACAAGCCUCGUACUGGAUCCUUACCUGGGGUUUCAAACCCACAAGAUGAACAUCAGCCAUCGACCUGUUGUAAGGAGACACCAAUACCUCAGGGAUAUUCUUCAAAGGUUUCUUCAGUCUCAAGACUUGGAGACUGUGUAUCGGGCGCUGACGCUGGGCGACUGGGCCUGGCAUUACUUCCUACACAAGACACCUCUCGAAGAAGAAAUAUUCAAAUCUCAGGUUUUCCGCUACCUUCGAAUAUUCCUGCCUAUAAGUGGCUUUGAAAUCCUCCCGUGUAAUCGAUAUUCUUCAGAAUCUAACGGAGCCAAGAUUGUGUCCUUGAGAAAGUGGAAGGAGAAUGAUAAGAUCGAGCUGCUUGUCGGCUGCUUGGCGGAGCUCUCCGAGGAGGAGGAGUCCCUCUUGCGCCCAGGGGAGAACGACUUCAGCGUAAUGUACUCGACCCGAAAGAAAUGUGCUCAGCUGUGGCUGGGGCCUGCGUCCUUCAUCAACCACGACUGCAGACCAAACUGUAAGUUUGUUCCAACGGAGGGUGGCCGUGCAUGCGUCAAAGUCCUUCGCGAGACUGAGCCUGGAGACGAAAUCACCUGCUACUACGGCAACAGCUUUUUUGGUGAAAACAACGAGCUGUGCGAAUGCUACACGUGUGAGAGGAGAGGUGAAGGAGCCUUCAGGAUGAAGAACCGAGAUGUUGAAAUGGAUGCUCUCUGCAAUUACAGACUAAGAGAGACGGACAGUCGCCUGAGUCGAAUGAAAGAGAAAAGCAAAGGAAGAUGGUUGAUGGCAACACGUGCUUCCCGUUGCCAGAAAACGGUGGAUAGGGCAAUGUGGCAGGAUUCAACCAGAAGGCUCUCCUUGAGUUCGAGAAGGAACCAACGGAAGAAAUGGAGAAGGCAGCUGUCAAAAAACGCCCACUCCAGGUCGCCAUCUGCAGCUCCAGCGCUGGCCUUGCGGCCGUUGACCUUUCCAGCUGGCAGAGCAGAGGUGGCAGCGAGGCGGCCCGGUCCAGCAGAGUGUUUGCCGAAUGAGGGCAGGACUGACUGUUGCCGUGGCGAGGCUGGGUUGCAGAAGCCGAUGGCGGGGACAUCCCCCAGGUGCCCGCCGUCAACGCCGGAGUCACCACCUGCCGCUCGGCUAACCGACCCUGGAACGUCGGCAGUGUCCCUGGUGCCCGAAGGUGUGGUCCUGAAGGGACUGCGAGUAGACCUGUACGACUGCGGGAAUCUGGCUGGAAACUUGACCCAUCCGACUGGAAUCACUGCAACAAAAGGCGGGGGCAGAUUCCGGGAAGAAUCGGAAUGGGGUCAAAACCUAGCAACAUCCCAGCAACGAGCAAAUGUGACCAAUCUAAACCCCCCUGCAAGCACCGGCAGAGUCCCAGCAUCUGGGCCCAACUCCAGAGAGUCAAAGUCCACUUUGGAGAGUUCAAAGGUUUUUGGGUUGGCCUCUGGUGCAAACGUCAACUUCUCCACAGUGAAGCCUCCUGUUGCUUCACCCACUAAACCUGAGAGUGUGUCUGGUAGCUCCUUGAGAAGAAAGAGGAGGACGAGGUGGUGGUGGUGUCGAAGGAAACGGGGAUCGAAAGAAAGGACGGGUCAAAAGAGAAGGACCUCACAAAGCCCGGAGAUGUUACCAAGAAGAUCUUUUGGUUUGACCCAUUUUGUGAAGAUUGAUCUGAGCAAGGACAUGGUCCUUGUCACCAGUGUUGAGAACAAAGUGCGAGGCAACCCGACACCUCCCCCCAACUGUGGCCAAGACCCAGGCGACAGCGCGAGCCGCUUGGCAUUGCAGCGUGUCCGCGUAGUUCUGGAGGACAUCUCCAAGGUCUGCCAGAGCGCCACCCGCACCUGGUACGACAGCCGCAAGCUGGCGGCCAGGCUGAACAUUGAACAUCAGGUUGGUCCGCCUGAUCCUGGAGCAGCGAGCGGAGGCGGCACGGCCAGGACCGCUCAGCCGUGCUCCCGCGCCAGGCGGCACAAGCGGGCAAGCGGCGGCCAGAGGAGAGGAGCCCGGCCCUCCCCGAGGUCGGCCGUCAAACGGAAGCAGCUGGACGGCGAGAGAGCGGGGACGGAUCCCGACGGCUCGAGGCAGAACUCGACACGCCACAAGCGGAUCAGGUGCCUGGCGAGCUCUCCGGAGACGAUGGGGCUGGGAACAUCGCCGGGCGGGGAGUGCGACGAGGGCUUGCUCUCCCACAGCUGCUUUGCCUCCUCGGUGGCCCAAGAGAAAAGACCCAGUGUUUUCACUCCCUUUGCUCGCUCCAAGCACCUGCGUCUGGUGGUCAGCCAUGGCUCCAUAGACUUCGACAUCUCCUCCUCGGCCAGCGAGAACUCUGUCUGAGGGUCACCCUGGUGCCUCCUGAAGGAGUUUUCUGUGGAGAGGGCAAGGUUUCCUCACAACCAAAACGCCCACCGACUCUUGUUCAGCUCAGUGGCUGGUGAUCACUCCAGUUUGAACAACAAUUCUGAUGCUGGAAAUUGGUGUCUUUUUACACUCUCCUCCCCCCCCUACCCCCCCCC